AUGAAGGAUAAAGAAAUUGACUUCGGCAAGAAGACCGACACGCCGCCGUUUGCCGCACCAGAGGACCGGAAUCCAGGGUUGGAAGCGCCAAGCCGCCAUUGCUUGAUUCACCACCUCGUGCUCGACGUCGAUUGGCAUAUUUCCGGCUCGCGCUACCACAACUACGUUAUCCAGCUCGGCCCCUCAAAUGUGUCGUCAAUCACGCAAGGCUGCCUCGCCCAUCGGCCAAUCGAAGUCAUCGAAUGUCGCCUCAUACGCGAAGCUCCCUUGGACCCCACUUAUUUUGGAGUGAAACCUCAGGUAGCCUUUGCUUGCGAAAACCUCGUCUUGCCUGUCGAGCAGACGACCCUCCACCGUCGCGCCCUCGGCGAAAUUCUGGCUGCCGUGCAGCCGAUGAACUUGUGGCUGAGCGCGUGUCCGGGCUGGAACGUGUAUGUCGGCGUUCCCGGAUCCAUUUUCAUCGAUAGCGUCUCGCGCUCCCAGAUGCAAUUUAUGAAGCAUUGGCCGACGCCCCGCCUCGCGUUCAAGAUCACCAAUUGGCUCGAUAACGACGACGCCAUGAACCUCUGCAAACAUUAUUUUACCGAAUGGCGCGCUGGCCGCAAGCAGAUCACGACAUUUUGGUGCCAGCUGGGCGGCGAAGACUUUGGGAGCCACGUCCUCGACAUUGCCGCCGUUGCGGAGAAACUCAAUUUGAAAAGGGACGGCAACAAGUACCGCUGGUAUGGCGAAGCAAAGCGGAUUGAUGGCCGGGUUAUGCGCAUAUUCGCCCGUGUCCUCGUCGACUGCCGUUUCGAGGCCACAAGGCGCAUGGUCACAUCUUUAUGCACGCCUUCGGCGCUCCGACGACGAGCUUCCUCCGCAAAGCGGCCGACCACGGGCCGAGCCCCGGCUGGCCACUCGUUCGCGCGCAUCAACCACAUUUCGCCCGAUCGCUUCGUCUGCUUGGAGAAGGCC